AAAUCUAAGGUAUAUCAUCUGAGUGAUAUGCAUUUACCAGCUUUUAGAAUCAUGAGAAUCUCUAUUCUUAUUGUUCUUGUUGUUUCUAUAUCGCUCCUUUCGGUUCUUUUCCCAGCCUCGGCUAAGCCAGCCACGUUCGACCAGGAUUUCAGGGUCACGUGGUCCGACUCUCAUAUCAAGCAAAUUGAGGGUGGGAGGGCCAUUCAACUUUUACUCGAUCAAUCUUCAGGAUGUGGAUUUGCUUCCAAACGUCAAUAUCUAUUUGGGAAGGUUAGCAUGAAGAUAAAGCUCGUUUCUGGCGACUCUGCCGGGACAGUUGUAGCAUUCUACAUGAACUCGGACACAGAUACAUUAAGAGACGAGCUGGAUUUCGAGUUCUUGGGAAACCGAAGCGGGCAACCAACUACGGUUCAAACGAAUGUUUACGUACAUGGAAAGGGCGAUCGUGAACAAAGAGUGAAUCUUUGGUUUGACCCAUCACUUGCAUACCACACUUAUAGCAUAAGUUGGAGCCACUCCCAAAUCGUCUUCUCGGUUGAUGAAGUACCCAUUAGAGUGUUCAAGAACAAUGAAGCAAGAGGAAUCCCAUUUCCUAAAUCCCAAGCAAUGGGAAUCUUCUCCACUCUUUGGGAGGCCGAUGAUUGGGCCACCCGAGGAGGGCUCGAGAAGAUCAAUUGGAGCAAGGCCCCUUUCUAUGCCUAUUACAAGGAUUUUGACAUCGAGGGUUGUCAAGUACCAGGCAUCGCUUCGUGUCCCUCCAACCUUAACAACUGGUGGGAGGGACCUGCCUACAAAGAGCUCAGUCCACUCGAUGCUAGACGAUACAGAUGGGUUCGCACGAACCACAUGAUCUAUGAUUAUUGCACUGAUAAAGCCCGUUUUCCUGUCACUCCCCCCGAAUGCUAUGCCGGUAUCUGAGUCUAACAAAACAAAUGAAAGAUAGAUUUCGUCGGAUUAUAGACGGUACUUUGUGAAUGGAUGAGUAAAAAGGACAUUUGAAGUGUUUGAGCAUUCGAUCGCGCGACGUCGGAGAGGCGGCCCUGUUCAUCGAUCGGUUACGAAUUUGAAUUGCUUAUGUAUGAAUUAUAAUUGAAGUGUAAUUGUGUUUUAUAUGUUGUGUGCACAAAUAAAUUAUAUGACUUUGUUUGUGAGUAAAAAAUAUCAAAAAUUCGGAUAAUUUGUGUUUGGAAAUUGUGGUCCUUUGGCAAUAAAAUGUUUGGAUCCUGUCUGAUUUUUAUAUA